AUGACUUACUUUAUCUUCUACGCACUUUUGUUCUCGGUCAUCAUCUCCGGAACAGCGCUUUAUCUCACGCGAUCGCGAUGGAUCCCUUUGUUGCCAGUCCCCGAUUACAUCUACCACCGUCUUCCUUCAAGCUUUGCAGCGGACCUGGAAGCCGGUCUGAGCUCGUCACAGUUCGAUAUUGCCGCCAACGUCGCUGACGGAGACACAAGGGCUGGCCUGGACCAGAGAGCCAAACAAGAAGUGAGAAAGAUUAUGAAGAGCAGAAGAGUUGAUUUUGAUGAAGCGCGGCGCAUCUACACCGAGCAACGAUUUGCAAGGAAUAAUAUUGGACCGGAUGGGCGUCCCCGCGAUCCCAAAUUCGUCUCGUUCUCAUGA